AUGGAAAACCAGAGGAAUGUCUCAGAAUUUAUUCUUUUAGGACUUUCUGAUGAAUGGAGCAUACAAACAUUAUGUUUUGUGCUCUUCUUAUUCUGUUAUGUUGCCCUUUUGGUGGGAAACCUUCUGAUCCUUAUCUCUAUUCGGUGCAGCCCUCUAUUUCACCAGCCAAUGUAUCAUUUCCUCUGCCACUUGUCUUCUAUGGACAUCUGCUAUACUUCUUGUGUGACACCCAAACUGAUUGGUGACCUGCUUGUGAAAAGGAAAACCAUUUCCUAUGGUAACUGCAUGUUGCAAGUCUUUGCCAUACAUUUUUUUGGAAGCAUCGAAGUCUUCAUCCUCACAAUCAUGGCCUUCGAUCGCUAUGUUGCCAUCUGCAGACCUCUUCACUACCUGAUUAUCAUGAGCAAAGCAAGGUGCAAUCUCCUGGUUCUAGCUGCUUGGGCUGGUGGGGCUCUCCAUUCCUUUCCUCAGUUGUUUAUAGCAAUCCAGCUGCCCUUAUGUGGCCCUAAUGAAAUCGAUCACUAUUUCUGUGAUAUUUUUCCUUUGCUAAAAGUUGCCUGCAGUGAUACCAGUACUGCUGGUGUCCUUGUGGUUGCUAAUUCAGGAAUAGUUACCUUAGUGACAUUCGUGGUUUUGUUUGUUUCUUAUGUCAUCAUACUGUGCACUUUAAGACAUCAUUCAGCUGAAGGAAGGCGCAAAGCCCUCUCUACUUGUGGGUCUCAUGUCACUGUGAUAAUUUUAUUUUUUGGACCUUCAAUCUUUGUCUAUCUUAGACCUCCUACCACUUUUCCAGAAGAUAAAGUGUUUGCACUAUUUUACACCAUCAUUGCUCCUAUGUUCAAUCCCUUAGUCUAUACUUUGAGAAACACAGAGAUGAAGAAUGCCAUGAAAAAAGUCUGGUGUCAAACAUCCUAG